UUAGUCUUUUGUUGCUACUUGGGUGAGAUCCGGUGAAGUUAAAUCAACCGGUACUGAUUUUAUCUUUACCAUUAAUCCAGAAACUGUUGUCCUAAUAUUGUGUCACAGUUGACAUCUAACUUUUAUUGAUGUUAGCCGGCGUUUACUGGACAUGUCUGUUGCUGUGGCUAAUUCAGCUAACUGUGGCUAACUGUUACGUUAGCAGGAGAGCAUUCAGACUUGGAGGAAGGAAGGAAGGAAACUGAUCAGUAGGAUCACUGCGCACCGCAAGCUUAUGCAAAGCUAGCACUGUUUUUCGGACUCCUGACUUCACAUUGUGACGCAUUUAGGGAAGGUGACUAUUUCUGCACCCUGUGUGACAUUUAACACUAUUUGGUUAAUAAGAUAUGCGGUUAAUUGUCAAAGCUGUCAACCGCCACAACAACAGUUCUCUUGUGUAGCUGUGCAGCGGACGAAAGCUAGCGACGCUAAACACAAACUUGUGGAGAAGUUGUGAAAGUCAGAUGUGGCUGUCUGAGUGAUCUUUUUUUUUAAUAAUUUGCAAACCGGGGUUUGAAACGUUUCGUUGUCGGAGCCUUUUUCACUGUGAGCGGCAGGAGAACACUCAUGGCAUCGGAUGUGAUUGAGAGUGAAGCGGUGCUGAAGGCUGUAAGUGAUAUGGAUUUGAACAAUAGCAGUGCAGAUUUUGUCACACCCAGGCGGACUCAUGAGGAGUUUGGAAACAGACAGACGUCUAGUCCCUCUUCCUCUGGAGUGUCGGGAGAUGGUGAUGAGGAGGAAUUAGACGAUUUGCAAAAUAGCACAGCUUCCACAGUGGAAAAUGGCGAAGAGGCGCUCCAGGAGAGUGUAACCAAAACAAGAGGUACGCCACAGGAAAGGACAACUCCAGACAAUGAGCAGGAGCAGCCGGGAGCAAGAAGCUCUACCCCAGUGAGCCUUCCACAGCCAAGCUCACCACCUGGACCCAGUGGAAGCCUGGAGCGCCAAGAAUCCGUCGCCACAACAGAAGCCCGGUUAAGGAUGGAGGGAGUUGAACUUAAGGAAGAGUGGCAGGAUGAAGACUUUCCACGGCCUCUACCUGAGGAAGAGGAGCUUGACGAUGAGCUGUUUGCUGGAACCUCUGAAGAAGGAGACCCUGACUAUGCAAUGAACCAUGGCAAGAGGGCAAAGAAAAAGCUGGCAGCUCCAGACAUCAGUCUCACACUUGACCACAGUGAAGGCUCUCUUCUCUCUGACGAGCUGGAUGAAAGUACAGAGCUGGAUCUUGACGAUAUAGACACACCAUCAGAUAACAGCAAUGAGUUUGAAUGGGAAGAUGAUCUCCCAAAGCCAAAAACCACAGAACUACUACAGAAGGGCGUGGAGUCCGUUCAGGAAUACACGGCCUCGGAUGAGAGGGAGGAGGGCCGACGCUGGAGGGUGUUUCGUAUCGGAGACCAGGAACACAGAGUGGACAUGAAGGCCAUUGAACCUUAUAAGAGGGUUAUCAGCCAUGGAGGUUACUAUGGAGACGGUUUGAAUGCCAUAAUUGUGUUCGCUGUGUGCUUUAUGCCCGAGAGCAAUCAACCAAAUUACAGAUAUAUCAUGGACAAUUUAUUCAAGUAUGUCAUCGGCACACUGGAGCUUUUGGUCGCUGAGAACUAUAUGAUUGUGUAUUUGAAUGGGGCGACAUCUCGAAAAAAGAUGCCAACCGUCGGCUGGCUCAGAAAGUGUUAUCAGCAGAUUGAUAGGAGAUUAAGGAAGAACUUGAAGUCUUUGAUAAUCGUCCAUCCCUCCUGGUUUAUUCGCACCCUGCUGGCACUCACAAAACCUUUCAUAAGCUCAAAAUUUAGUCAGAAAAUCAAGUAUGUGUACAGCUUGACAGACCUUGCAGAAUUGGUUCCAAUGGAGUAUGUGUCCAUACCAGAUUGUAUCAAACAGUUUGACGACGAAAAAAAUAGGAAAAGCCGUAAAAGGAUUGACCAGGACAUGCACGGCAAAGUGGAGAUCGCAGCUGCUGCUGUUCCAGAGUGACCCUGCUGGCAAAGCAAGAUCUGGAGGAAGAGAGCGAUGAGGAAUGUUCAGAACUGCAUCCACUCUUGUGUUUAUAUUCUGGGCGACAUGACUGGAGACUCUUAGUGUCAGGAAAGUGCCCUUUUGAAACUAUGCUGCCUGUUACAUUGUGGAACAUCUUGCUGUAUUACUGUGUCAAGAAGCUUGAUCUUCAGCCUUUUUCCACAUGCUGUCUGAAACCUUUUUAAUCCUUUUUAUUUACUGCCGGUAUAUCAUGUCAACUUUAGCUUAUGGUUGUUUCCUAGUUACUGUUGUAUCUACACUUUAUUUAAGGCACUCUGUUACAAAUGGUUGAUGCAUGUUCUGCUUUAUUACAUUUAAAUAUAUAUUUAUAUUCAAAAAGGUGACAAACGAGAGAAAUUAAUAUAUUUUUAUGGUUGCUUUGAUUUUAAACUGCAUUUUAGGUCUCUGAACCAUUGAGUGGCAUUUCACAGAACAAGUUUUGACCGCACCUUUUUCACUGUUCACUGCUGACAUCUGUUAUAAUCCUGCCUGGGGAAAAUAAAGUUCUUGUGUUUUUUUUACCCCUCACUUGAAUGUGCCCUCAGACUUGUGGAGGGAGAACAUUUGUGAGAGCAACAAUCUGAAACAAAUUUGUAGGUCUUAAGAUAUCAUUAUUUACUCCAAGUAAAGUCAUGGAUCCACAUCAUUGUGUUGUACUUUUAUUCCAUAUAAUAGAUAAAUAGUUUUG